AUGGUUUUCGAGGACAUCCGAUACGACUGCUAUGCUGCUCACCGUGAGACGGUUCCGUGGGAUGACGUUACCCUAUAUUCUGGAUGGUUGGCUGUCAAUUCGACCGUCACUAUUCGUUAUCUUUCGGAACGCGUCAUGCGACAGUUCGGCUAUUGUCAGAUGAUACCUCACGGUCCUCUUGUCUUCGUUCCUUUCUUGAUGACUCGUUGGCAGAUAGAUGAGGUCUUUGCAGACUGGGAGCAUCACAUGGUUCCUGAUGAGGCUCGGGCGACCAGAUCAGAGAAAAAUUGGAGUUGCACCGACGAGUACAUCACUUAG